AUGGAUUCCUUUGCCUCGAGUAUUGUGACAAGUAUCUUGGCGAAAGUAGGGACAUCUGCUUACCAGCAUAUUAUCUCUGCAUGGGGCAUUGAAGAUGAAAUGAGGAAGUUGAGAAACACUUUAGAAGAAAUCCAAGCUGUGCUCAAUGAUGCUGAGGAGAGGCAGGUGAAAGACGAGGAGCAGGAACUGAGGAUUUGGUUGCGAAGAUUUAAGGAUGUCCUGCACAACGUGGAAGAUGUGUUGGAUGAUUUUGAGAUUCAAGAUUUGCAGACAAAGAUGCUGGUGGAUCGUGGGACUACUCUAAAUAAGGUACGCAACUUCUUUUCAUCCUCCAACUCCCUUGCUUUUCGCUUCAAGACGAGUCAAAAAAUAGAGAAAAUAUGGGAGAGGUUGGAUGAAAUUAAAACCAGCAAAGACAGAUUGAAACUCUCCAAGGCACCCAAAAAGGAGACUGGCAUCCAAAGGGCCAGGGAGACCCACUCCUAUGUGGAUGCUCCUGCUGUCACUGGGAGAGAUGAUGAUAAAGAAAAUAUCAUUCAAAGUUUGCUGCAGCCGGAUGAUCAUGAUCGUAGUUAUAAUAAUGUCUCUGUUAUCUCAAUAGUUGGAUUAGGAGGUUUAGGGAAGACAACUCUGGCUAAAUUGGUGUGCAAUGAUGAAAGGGUACGUAAGCAUUUUGACCUGAAUAUGUGGGUUUGUGUCUCGGAGGAGUUUGAUGUCAUAACAAUGACAAAAGAAAUUCUUAAAUCAACAAAGGCAGGUCUGCUAGGUUAUGAUGAGUCCAAUUUCCAGAAGUGGCAAGAGGAGCUACGGCAUGCUUUGAAAGAUAAAAAGUUUUUACUCGUUUUAGACGAUGUAUGGAACGAUAACCCCAGAAAAUGGGAAGAGCUGAAUCAAUUGCUGAUUGGGCGCAGGGGAAGCAAAAUCUUGGUGACUACUCGUAGUCAAAAGGUUGUCAAAGCCAUGAAAUCUCAAGUGAAAUAUGAGUUAGGCAGCCUUUCCCAUGAUGAUUGUCUUUCUCUGUUCUUGAGAUGGGCUUACAUUGAAGGACAAAAAGAAAGGCACCAAACCCUGGUAGAAAUUGGAAAUGAAAUUGUGAAAAAAUGUAAAGGAAACCCUUUAGCAGCUAAAACUUUAGGGAGCUUGCUUUCCUUGACAACUAAUGAAAAAGAUUGGCAAAAUAUCAGGGACAAUGAGAUAUGGGAGUUAGAACAGAAAGAAGAUGACAUCAUGCCUGUACUAAAACUGAGUUACAAUCGAAUGCCACCAUACUUGAGAUCAUGUUUUGCUUAUUGUGCAGUUUUCCCAAAAGAUUUCAAAUUCAACUCUGUUGAUUUGAUCCAACUAUGGUGUUUCUUCGAAGAUGUUGAGGAAUAUGUGUUUGUUUACACGUUCAAAAUGCAUGACUUAAUGCACGAUCUUGCACUAUCUGUGGCACAGAAGGAAUUCUUGACCGUGGACUUCCGCACCAACAUUAUCCCCGAAAGUGUUCGACAUCUGUCACUCUUUAACAGUAAUUUAUUUCAGCAAAAACUCAAGAAACCCUCACAAAAGAAGUUGAGGAAAACAUUGCGAACUAUUCUCUGUCCACUUGCAGUGUUAGGAUCUAUUUGUGAAUCUGAUGUUGGUAGCUUCAUCAUGGGCUGCAAGUACUUAUGGCUGUUGGAUUUAAGUUCCUCGUCUUUCGAGGAGCUCCCAAGCUCCAUCGGCCGGUUAAAGCAUUUGAGAUAUUUCAGCCUGUCCGGAAAUCACAGAAUCAGGAGACUUCCCAAUUCGGUUUGCCAGUUGCAGAAGUUGCAAGCAUUGGGACUUGUUGGAUGUAGAAAGCUUGAAAGGUUACCCAAAGGUGUGAGAAACCUGAUUAGCCUUAGAUUUCUAGAAUUCACAACAAAUGAAGAGUUGUUGCCAAAUGAAGAAAUUGGAUGCUUGGAUUCUCUUCAAGUUCUCUCCAUAUCAGGAUGCCAAUAUCUAAGAUUUUUGUUCGAGGAUAUGAAGCAAUUAACUGCCCUCCGAACUUUGAGCAUCACGGACUGCAACUGGCUUCGGCGUCUUCCAUGUUCUGUGAAUGAUCUGACCGCAUUGGAGAACUUGAUAAUCUCCAACUGUGCAGACCUAGACUUAAAGGGAAAAGAGAAUGCCAACCCCAACCAAGAUGAAAAGGUGUGUAGCCUUCGAUCAAUCACAAUUACAAAAAUGACAACUUUCAUGGCUUUGCCUCAAUGGCUUCAACGAUCGGCCAAUACCUUAUCGUGCAUAAUUAUUGAAGAUUGUCCCAACUUCAAGACAUUGCCAGAGUGGUUGAACAAUGUCAAGUCACUUCAAAAGCUUCAAAUUAAAAGAUGUCCCCAAUUUCCAUAUGUGUCAGAGCUGAGCAAACUUGAAAUGGGCCUAGUCCCAAAGGUUUAUGUUGACGACUUCAAGUUGGAGCCUAGUGAGGGUUGA